CGUUGCGGGAAUUCAAUGUCGUACGAUGACGAUCGCAUCUCCUUGAUUCUAAUAAUGAACCAAUUGUUAUAAAACACCCAAGUAUCUCUCGAAGAGUUCGCGAGUGACAUAUCUGUUGGGUCAACGACGCCGCGUUUCAUCGUAAUUUUUCUGGAUUUUGAUUUUUACGCGUAACAACAAUGAACGAUACUGGCGUAUUCCUUGCGAUAUCAGAUAACUUUUCGAAUUGAACGAGAUAAACUCGGCAUCCCGAGCGGUUACACUGUCAAGGGAUCGCGUUAGGAGAACUGGCAGAAUAGGCAGACGCAGGAGUGGGCGAAGAAGAAGUAGACGAUCCAGAGGCGGAAUGACACGUCCUCCCAACAAUGACAAUCUUAUGACCUUUAAAUUGGUCGUUGUUGGAGAUGGAGGUGUCGGCAAGAGCGCUCUUACAAUACAGUUCUUUCAGAAGCUAUUUGUUGCAGACUAUGAUCCUACUAUUGAGGAUAGUUAUAUUCAACACACAGAAGUAGACAACCAGUGGUGUAUCUUAGAUGUGCUAGAUACAGCUGGUCAAGAAGAAUUUAGUGCUAUGCGUGAACAAUAUAUGCGGAAAGGUGAUGGAUUUCUUUUGGUAUAUUCUGUGACUGAUAAACAGUCGUAUCAAAAUAUUGUCAAUUUUCAUACUCAAAUUCUACGGGUGAAAGAUAGAGAUGUUUAUCCUAUGUUACUGGUAGCCAACAAAGUUGAUUUAGUGCAUUUGAGAAAAGUUUCAGAGGAUCAAGGAAGAGAAUUGGCUUAUCGUUUGGGUAUACCUUAUAUUGAAACUUCUGCCAAAGAUCCACCAUUAAAUGUAGAUGCUGCGUUUCACGAGGUUGUUCGCAUCAUCAGAAAUCAACCCCCAACGGAAUUAGAGAAAAAUCAAAAGAAGAGGCGACGUUCGAAAAAGUGUAAUAUUUUAUAAGUUUUGAAGA